AGAAAAUGAUUCUAACCCCAGAGGAACAACUGGGGUGAACUCGAACCAGUUUUACUCAUUCCAGUAUGACAAACUUAUAAUAAUAACAAUUAUUAUUAUUAUUAAAUUACUGGUAUUAUUAUUAUUUUAUCAUUUACAAACAAAUGUACAUGUAGAGCCAUGAAAGGGAACUAGGGUACAGUGUAAACUUGCACUGGCAGGGAAGUUGCCCCUGUAUCGUGUAAACAUCCCCCCCCCCGCCCCACCCAAGAGUUGAACACUGUAAAAAAAAGAUUAUUUGUGAAGAAUUGGCUGGGGAUUUGCAGCCAAUCAGAAAAGGGGAAAUAUUUUGAAGUGUCAUAUUAUGAAAUGUAAUGUUAUGAAUAAAAAUGCAACCUGCAGGUGUUGAAAUACAUUUAUUUUAUAGCUAAGCUUGUUUGCCCUGUGAUUGCUCAAUUUGCAGUCCAUAACUUACUGUAUCGAUUUAUGAUCUAUUUAUAGCCUGUGCACUUCGCACUUGGGCCAUAAAUCAAUAAAAAAAACUUGUUCUGUAAUUUACAGUACAGACCUCAAAUUCACCUAACAACAGGUACAUCUGUAGUAUGUACAGCUGUACAUAGUGUAAAAUUGAAGGAGUACCUUAAUUAGUAACCUGAUUAACUGCUAAACUCUCCUUUCAAUUUGCCUUAUUUAUGCUUUCAAAUUCAAGGGAUCUAUUUUAUGUUUUAUUAGUAGUCACUUCAAGCCUUAUUCACUCAUACUUUAAUUGUCAAAUGUUUUAGUUUCUUCACAAGAGCGAUUACCUUCUGCCCAUGUACCGCCUCUCAAGCCUACCCCAGAGGUGACCAUGUUUGAUCCCCUUGCUACAGAUAAACAGCAGGCAGACAGCUCUACAGGGACUGUACCACAGCAAUUGUACCCAAGUACCGAUGCAGGUGAAGCCUUUUACUGCACUUUUUGAUAACAUGCAAACUCUAAAAUUUACUUGUAAUAGCCAGCUCACAAUAAAUAAUAAUUAUUUAUUCUGAGCUGGCUAUUACAUGUAAAUUUUGUCUUUUUCACCGCUGUCAGUCAUAAUAUUGCCAUCACAAGCAGUGGACCCUGACACAAAGAAACACACAGAAUGGAUUGAAAUCCAACGAUCACAAAUCACAAGCCAUGAACAUUUGAACUCAUUGAAGUGAAGUUCUGUUUCUGAGAGGUCUGAUAAGUUGAUUGAUGACUGUGAAAGAUAAUGUUAGUUUGCUUUUGAUCUUUUGUGUUCGCAUAUCAUUGAAAAGCAUGGUAACAUUCAAGCAAAACUUCUCUGUACACCCAUGUCUUGCCUUAUUGGCAGAGAAAAAAAGUAUUCUAAGAUCUCUGCUUCCAGCCGUGGCCAUGUGGUGUAAGAGAUUGUAACUUUGGGAAGGGUAACCUUUCUUAGACUGGCUUUUAAUAAGUUUAACAUUGAUGUUGUUUUAAUGAUGUAUCUAAGGAUAACAGUGGGACUCAUCAAAGUAUUGGCAGUAUUAAGUGUUGUCAAGGAAAUAAUUUAUUAUUUGUCUCUGUGCCAGAAUAAUGGUAUGAUGAUAUACAUGCACAUGUACUUUUUCAGUCUGGUUUAUCUCACAGUUAGUUUUACUCUCAUCUCACACUCUGAAACAGAAAGGUCUAUAAUAGUGUGUAAACUUUAAUAUUGUUUUUUUUUAUUGCAGGUGUAAAGCCUCAAGGAGAUCUUAGUUCCCAAGGAUAUCCAAGUUCAACCUCCCCAUCACAGUCAAUGCAGCUUCCACUUCAACAGAGCAUUGCACCAUCAGCCCCUUCAAGCAAAGUACCUGCAGGGACGUCAUACACACAGCAACCUCAGUAUCCCCCACAGGGCACCCAACCUAGUCAAGCUCCAGCACAAUCUUAUGCCCCGACGUCAACCCAGACACAGUCUGGGUACCCAGGUGGCAGCACAGCAGCUGCAUAUCCCACCAGCCAGCAGUCUUACAGUCAGACCAGUCAGCCAGGCUACACACCACAAAGCCAGAGCUAUUCAGCAGCUGGGGUAACACCAUACUCCAGUACAGGACAGUCGCAGAUGCAGUAUCAAGGUGGUUAUGCACAGCAACAGACACAACCACAAGCUCAGGCUCAACAGCAACCUGCGGCACAGAGUGGUUAUGGUGGCGCUCAAGGGUAUCCUAGCAACCAGCAGUAUCCACAGCAAGCAGCUUAUAACCAGUAUUAUAACUAUCAACAGCAACAGCCUUAUCCAAAUUACUGAUGACUGAACUUGUAAUGGUAGACUCUUCUUGUUCUGAACUUGGGAAGAGUUAAUAGAAGUUUGUAUUUUUUCAGAUUUCAAUAUAAAAUCAACACUUUGGCUAAAUAUUUAAUGAACCUCUUGAAGCUACUAGCCUAAUUUGGCACUUGCUUAUCAGAGAUGGUUGCCUAUGAGAGGUUCCAUCUAUGGUGUUUGUACUGGGAAAUAAACAAAUUGAAAACAAUUUUCUAUUGUCUACAUGAAUUCUAUACUGUUAUUUUAAUUUAGCUUUGAAAUUAAUGAAAACAAAAUGUUAAAAUAUUAAGAGAGUGGUUUUGCCACAAAGUUUUUAACAUUUUGAUGUCAUUUCUUUGGCCACAAGAUUAUAGAACGUGGGAAAUUGUUGUCAAUUUUUUUUACAAGAACAUUGACAGUCUUUGAGAGCCAUUUCUGCUGAAGUUUCAUAGGAAGUUGUGCACAAGGGAAAGAAAAAAACAAAUCGUACUACUAUCAUCCUGUCAAUUCAAUGGUCUAUAGUCUCAUGGACCGCAGCUCUGAGUUUAAGCUUUUGAAAGUUGAUUCUGGCG